AUGGACAUAAAACAUGAGGUUGCUACUGCUCCUAUCCCAACUCCUGUCGCACAUCCCAUCUCAGAAAAUAUUAAUGAGGAAAACAAGGUUGAAAAUAACGAGGGACAGCAGGCUACUCACAAGGGAAAAAAGUCUUAUAUUUGGACGCAUUUUAAACAGCUUCUAUUUAGCGAGACUAAUGGAGAGCACAAGGCCAAAUGCAAAAAUGGGACACUUCAUGGCUAUAUGCCUAAGGUUGGUGAAGAAGGUGAAGCCAACAAAACUUGCACUAAAGUCAAUGGCUAUAGCUUGGAAGAUUGUAGAAAGGCAAUGGCUGAGUUUAUUAUCCUUGAUGAACACCUUUUUAAAGUGGUCGUAGGGAUUGGAUUUCGCAAAAUGAUUAAUCGAUUUGAGCCAAGAUUCACUGUACCAUUUAGGAUGACAAUCUACAUGAGCCUAACUGUACAUUUCGUUGAUGACGAAUGGAAGCUACAAAAGAGAAUUCUCAACUUUUGCUUGAUUGAGAACCACAAGGGCAAAACAAUUGGAAGGGAAAUCGAGACAUGUUUGAGGGAGUGGAAAAUUGAAAAAGUCUUCACAAUCACAUUAGACAAUGCAUCUUCAAAUGACGGGGUUAUCACUUACUUUCAAAGGAAAUUAGCUGCAAGGGGUGGAUUGGUGUGCGGAGAAAAAUAUUUGCAAAUGAGGUGUUGUGCUCAUGUUCUCAACUUGAUAGUGAAUGACGGGAUUAAAGAGCAACAUGCCUCCAUUGAAAGCAUUCGGAAUGCUGUUAGAUGGUUUGGAGAGGAUUGUGGGGGUAAAAAGAAAGUUGGUUCACCCACGGCACUUGAUUGGCAACAUGCUAGACUAUUCAUUGAUUUUUUGAGAAUUUUCUAUGAGAUUACUUUGUGUUUCUCAUCUUCUUUACAUGUUACUUCAAACAAAUGCUUUCAUGAAAUUGCAUCUAUACAUUCUCAACUAACAUCUUAG